UGCAGAAAACCCAUCAGACUAAACGCACUGACGCACCAAGAGGCGCAAAGACGAACGGAGACUUGUUUUCUGUGUUCAGGAUAUGUUUUGAGCUCAUUACAGCCAAUCAUCUGGAAAAAAAACAACAUCAUCAAGAACUCUGGUUGGAAUUAUUGUUUCCAUCAAGGAUUUCAUUCACGCUUCUUGAAGGAGGAUCACCGUUCUGCUGGAUUUUACUCUUCUUGGCUAUCUGAACGUUUGAUUCAUUCUCCCAGUGACUCUUCCUGUGGAAAAGAGGGACAGGUGACAGAAACCACAGGAAAGGUUUCACCUCAUCAUCACCUUUGCGCGUAAAAACCCUCGACUCUGACAAAGGAGAGCUUUUAAAAACUUUCUCCAUGAUUAUUUGAGGACCGUGGAGCUUUCGCCGCUUGUUGAGGGGCUGUCAACACAAUGGGACGCCUGUGUCUGCUCCUAGUUGUCAGUUUGUCCCUUCUCACCUGUCAGGUUUUGAGCUCCGGAGUGUUUGAGCUGAAGCUGCAGGAGUUUCUCAACAAGAAGGGGAUAGCGGGGAACGCCAACUGCUGCCCGGCUGGCUCUGCGCAUCCGCAGGGCCACCAGCAGUGCGAGUGCAAGACUUUCUUUCGGGUCUGUCUGAAACAUUAUCAGGCAAACGUCUCCCCUGACCCCCCCUGCACCUACGGGGGAGCUGUGACUCCCGUCCUGGGCUCCAACUCCUUCCAGGUGCCGGAGACCAACGCCGACAGCUUCACCAACCCAAUACGCUUUUCCUUCAGCUUCACGUGGCCUGGGACGUUUUCACUGAUCAUUGAGGCUCUGCACACCGAAUCCCUGGACGACCUGACAACAGACAACCCAGAGCGUUUAAUCAGCAGGAUCACCACUCAACGUCACCUCACUGUGGGAGAGGAAUGGACCAAGGACAUGCAGACAGGCGGCCGGACGGAGCUGCGCUUCUCCUACCGCUUCCUGUGUGAUGAGCACUAUUACGGCGACGGCUGCUCGGUUUUCUGCCGACCCAGGGACGACGCUUUUGGGCAUUUUACCUGCGGCGAAAGAGGAGAGAUCAUUUGCAACUCUGGCUGGAAGGGCCAAUACUGCACUGAGCCAAUCUGCCUCCCUGGGUGUGAUGAAGAGCACGGCUACUGUGAUAAACCCGGAGAGUGCAAGUGUCGCGUGGGCUUCAGUGGGCGUUACUGUGACGACUGCAUCCGUUACCCGGGCUGCCUCCAUGGCACCUGCCAACAACCCUGGCAGUGCAACUGCCAGGAGGGAUGGGGGGGACUCUUCUGCAACCAAGAUCUGAACUACUGUACACACCACAAGCCCUGCCUUAAUGGCGCCACCUGCACCAACACCGGCCAGGGGAGCUACACCUGUUCGUGUCCACCUGGAUACACAGGUGCUAACUGUGAGAUCCAAGUCAGUGAAUGUUCUGGAAAUCCCUGUCGCAACGGAGGCAGCUGUGUUGAUAACGACGAUAGCUACACCUGCACCUGUCCACCUGGUUUCUAUGGCAACAACUGUGAGUUAAGCGCCAACACGUGCGCGGAUGGACCUUGUCUCAAUAGUGGACGUUGUGCGGACAACCCCGAAGGUGGCUACUUCUGUCAGUGCCCAAUGGGAUACGCUGGCUUCAACUGUGAGAAGAAAAUCAACCACUGCACCUCGAACCCGUGUUUAAACGGUGCAGAGUGUGUGGAUCUGGUGAACUCCUACAUGUGUGAGUGCCCAGAGGGAUUUUCAGGUCCUAACUGCGAGGUUAGCAGCAGUCUUCCUGGAUUAUGUCAGUCCUUUCCUUGUCAGCAUGGUGGAACCUGUCAGGAGGGAGUCGACGGCUACACAUGCACUUGCCCCCCAGGUUAUACUGGCAAAAACUGCAGCACCCCGAUCUCUCGCUGCCAUCACAGCCCCUGCCACAAUGGGGCUACCUGUCACGAACGAGCAGGUCGCUACGUGUGCGCCUGUGUGCCUGGCUACGGCGGCCGCAAUUGCCAGUUCCUCCUCCCAGAUGAUCCUAGGGGCUCGCAGCCAGUUCCGGAUGGACCAGAUCGGCGAUAUUUGCCAUCCGAAAGUGGAAGUAAUGAAGACGAGCAGGAUGAUGACAACGGAUUUCCUUGGACGGCUGUGUGUGCCGGUGUCUUCCUCGCUCUUGUUGUCUUGAUCAGCUGCUCUGUGCUGGUAGUCUAUGUUCGUGUCAAAUUUCAAGACAGAUACAGUCACAACAAUGACAGCAUUCACAGUGACAGCCAAGAGACCAUGAACAACCUCACGACCAACAACUGUCUCCGGAGUGAUAAGGAGCUUGGUGGUAUGAUGACAACGUCUAUAAAGAACACUAACAAGAAAGCAGAUUAUCACUCAGACCUUGCUGGGUCACUCGGUGGUUUGAGCCUCAACGGAUCAGAAAAAAACGGAUUUAAGGCUCGUUAUCCGAGUGUUGAGUACAAUCUGGUCCACGAACUCCGGCCUGACGAGCUGCCGCCGUGUUCAGAGGAAGAUCAUAACGUGCAAGAGGCCAAGUGUGAAGUGCUGGAUGACUCCAACGCAGACGAAGGAUUCAGGAAGAGACAAAACAGUGAUGCUUCAGAAAAAAAGCUCCCAGCAGAGUCAGCCGGCUGCAACGAAGCAAAGCAUCAGUCAUCCGUUGAUUUAAACUGUCACACAGCGAGUGACCCUCAGCACCAGCCAGCCUGUGACAUCAAAUUCCAGUCAAGCGUUGAUGCUGAAUACCACAGUGCCAGCGACAGCCGGUACCCGUGCACCACCGACACCAAAUACCAGUCCGUCUACGUCAUUUCAGACCAGAAAGAUGAAUGUAUCAUUGCUACAGAGGUAUGAUAUCAACUUGUUCUGGAUGAUGGUGCACACACACACAUCAUCCCUGAGCAAGUAGAGCUCAGAUAGUUUCUGGGAGGUUUUACUCCUACUGUUUGCUGCUCUUCCCCGGGAGUUCCCAGAGGACUUUGAGCUGAGGUGCUGAUGAGCCACUGCAGACUCUGUGCCUGCUCAGAGACAGCCGAGGACUACACUUACACUACGGGUCAAUUCUGAAUAUUUCUGACCUUCAAUGGACGUAGGUCUUUUAGUGACUUGAUGCUAUGGAUGAAGCACUGUAGCAAGCUCUCCACAGACUUUGUACAGAAAUGGUGCUGAUCGAGAACUCACACAGUCAAAGACUGCCGGGGGACUGAUGAAGAGCUCGUUUUAAUGCCUCCUUGCAGCGCUGGAAGAUUUACAGCUCAUAACAGGAUGAACUGUUUUCCCCUGAUAAGCAGCGCAGGAAUGACUUGGAUGGUAUUUUUUUGUACGGUGAGAUGCCGGCUGAAUGAACAGUGUAGUACCUUUAGGGUACCAAAAACCUUUAAAGUACUGCUGUAGUACUGUUAUGUGCUGUGGUUUUACAACGCUGUGUAAAAUCUGUCAUGGAUUUCAAAUGUUUAAUGUUCUGUGCAGUGCUGCAGAGAGGAGUUAAGUGUUGCUGUGUCAAGAAAUCACUCAAAAGUGGAAGUGGAGCUUUUCUUGAAAGAGCCGCUAAACAUUAUAGUACAACUUGUCUAACAGCUGAAAACUUUGAACUCUACAGCACUGGCAGAGCUGGCUGAGCUGGUUCUCAGCAGGAAAUAGAAAACUGAAAACUCCAGUAGUGACUGCAGAUCAAUCCAACAUGGAUUCUGUUGGGCCAUAGUGGCCUCUGACCCCUGAAAGGUGGGCUAAACGGGAAGUUUUAGGCAGAGCAACCUAUGAAACACUUGUGCUAAUAAUGAGAAUGAGGGGAAAGAUCAAUUUUUAAUUAAAUCAGACAAAACAAACAUGAAUUUUAAUGAUUAAAUUACCUGUUAAUUUUGAUGUUCUGUGUUAACGUAAACAGUUUCAGUCAAAUCAUUUAUGCAUCGUCUCAAAACAGACAGUUGGGCUUUUCUCCUGACCUCUUUAUAAUGUUUGACUAAGAAGACCAAGCUAUAAAGUCUUAACUGCCAAGACCUCAUUGCACUAUAGAGGCGUGUGUAUACGUGUGUGUGUGUGUGUGUGUGUGUGUGUGUACAGAGGAAGUAAUGCCUAUGUCUAGUGUCAAUGUAUGCACUGCCCACUCCUCCAGUCUUUCACUAUUAGCCAAUUCAAGAACACCAUCACCCUGCCAGCUGUUGGUUAGGAUCUUUUUAUGUUUUAAUUUUAUUUGUUAUCUAAAGAAAAUGUAUUCUUUUAAUUUAAAUAUGUAAUUAUUCGUGUUCAGAUUUUGUUGUGCUGUAUUAUGUUUUUGUUAAGCUUGUUCUAAUUUAUGUUGGAUUGUUUUUAUUUGGCAGAUGAUGUGUGUGUGUAAGUAAGUAUGUCCGUAUGCAUGUAUGUGUUAGGCACUUGAGACCACUGUGACUGUGUUGUAUUUAAGAGAAGAGUCGUAUGUACAGAGCCUGUCGUUUUUAUUACUGGAAAAACAAAUAUUUUUCCACAAUAAAAGAGGAAUGAAAUCUA